CAGGUGCCCCUGGAGUUCUUUUCUUAUUUAAAAAAAAUAAGGUUCCCAGAAAGGGGCUUCUGGUCAAUGGGAAAGAAACAGUUAUUGGUAGUUGUCUGAUUGGAACUGAUUUGGAGGUUGCAGAAAAGGAAGAAAAUACAAGUCCGUUCAGAACUUGUCUUUCUGUCCCCUGUGCACGAUGGACGGAUGAGCUAUUUACAACAGAUGUUUGGGGGAAAAGGCACAGAACCACAUGACAGACGUUCCUUCAACCCCCAGGAUGCCUUCUAAUUUCAGAAAUGUGAACAGGAUGAAGGCAUGCAUCCGAAACGAGAAAAUGUCUAUCUCUUCCCCCUGCAAAUGGCGAUCCACACCGAAUACCUUCUAUCCCUGUACCAUCAUCUGCUUUGUCCCUUACGGUGCUUUGUGCUGUGGACGUGACUUCCGCUGUGGUCUUUUUUAACAUUCGCCCGGGAUUCUCUUUUUAUGUUUCUUCCAUUUCCCACAUCCUCUGGUCCCUGGACUUGGUUGUUUUGUUUCAGGAAUGUGUCUUUUAAAAAACAUAAAGUGACCCUCACCCCCGCCCGACCCUGCCGCCCGCCCAUCACCCCUGGGUCAUGCAGACCCGUAGCCUGAGCUUGCUUCUUACACCAAGUACCCCCACUUUGUUCUUCCCACUGCCGCCGCGGGCCUGAAAGCUUGUAACUGGAUCUGUGAUGCACCAGUGUUUCCCGAAGGUCCCAGGACGGCCAGGUUGUUGGUAGUGCUCUGCUCUGAUGCACGAAGCCUGGUGGGGGCACUCUCGGCCCUCUGGGACCAGUUUCCACGCGCCACUGACAGGGACGGGGGACCGUCCCUGGGGGAGCUUGGAGCCGGGAUGGGCGUGGCUCUCCCCUCACUGCUGGGGCGCCCCAGAGGCAGUCGGAGGGUUUUGCCUGCUCCUUCUGGAACAUGCCUGAGGAACUGACCGGUACUGUCCUGUUUCUGUGGCAUCACUUGGAAGAUGCUGCCUGUGCAUCCAUCAUUGGGGGGUGGUUAUAAAUGACCUGUGCCCCGCCCCCCAACACACACACACACACACACACACACACACACAGCUGCGCGUGAGCAGCUGAAGCAAGGCGGUCUCUGUGUAUCUCAGACGUACUUGGGGGGGGCGUUGCGAAGCAGGACUUUUGGUAAAUUCUCAUCUGUGUUUUAAAAAAAAAAAAGUACCAUGUGUACAAAUGUGUCUGCAUAGCCUGUGUGUUUGUAUGGUUGUACGUGCUGGUGGAAAGUUCUGGAAGGAUGUGCCGGGUAGCCGGUAGUGAUUCUAGUUAGCGCUGUGUACUUGAUAGGAUGCACUGGAGAGGAAGUUGCGCCCAUAUGUACUUGGGUACUUUUUUUUCUUUUUACAAGUAGCAACAUAUAGUAGUAAUAAAACAAUUAAGAUUAAGAACAAACAUACAUGCGGGAGGGGAGGGAGCUGUUCUGUUCCUCUCCCUGGAGGGCGAGUGGUGGGGGAGGGUGGCCUCUGAUGGCUCCUCUGUUGCUUCCUCACCCAGAAGAAGAAGGGGAAGGAGGCCGGCUCAGGGGCUGCACUGCCCCCGCCCCGUGUUGCCGCCCUGCCCCCCGAGGCCCGGGCUCCCCAUACCAGCUCCCCGGCCACUGCCAAGAGGAGCAAGGCGAAGGCCAAAGGGAAGGAGGUGAAGAAGGAGAAUCGGGGGAAGGGGGGAGCCGUGAGCAAGCUGAUGGAGAGCAUGGCUGCCGAGGAGGACUUCGAGCCCAACCAGGACUCGAGCUUCUCUGAGGAUGAGCACCUGCCUCGCGGCGGGGCCGUGGAGCGGCCACUGACUCCGGCUCCACGCUCCUGCAUCAUCGACAAGGACGAACUGAAGGACGGCCUGCGUGUGCUCAUCCCCAUGGACGACAAGCUGCUGUACGCCGGGCACGUGCAGACGGUGCACUCACCGGACAUAUACCGUGUGGUGGUGGAGGGUGAACGCGGGAACCGGCCCCACAUCUACUGUCUGGAGCAGCUGCUGCAGGAGGCGAUCAACGACGUGAGGCCGGCCUCCACCCGCUUCUUGCCGCAGGGGACCAGAAUCGCGGCCUACUGGAGUCAGCAGUAUCGCUGCCUGUAUCCGGGCACCGUGGUCCGAGGCUUGCUCGGUCUUGAGGAUGACGGGGACCUGAUCACUGUGGAGUUCGAUGACGGGGACACGGGGAGGAUCCCUCUCUCCCACAUCCGCCUUCUGCCUCCUGACUAUAAGAUCCAGUGUGCGGAGCCAUCCCCAGCCCUCCUGGUGCCAAGUGCCAAGCGCCGCAGCCGGAAGACCAGCAAAGACACCGGGGACAGCAAAGAUGGGGGCACGCCAGGGUCUGAGGAGCCCAGCUCUAAGGCACGAGGGCGUGGGCGGAAACCCAGCACCAAAGCCAAGAGUGAUAGAGCCGCUGUCCUGGAGGAGGGGGGCCCAACAGAGGAGGUCCCCAGUACCCCGUUGGCCCUGGAGCCGAUCAGCACCCCGAGUUCCAAGAAGAGCCCCCCAGAACCCAUGGACAAGCGGGCCAAAGCCCCCAAGGCUCGGCCAGCGCCCCCACAGCCCAGCCCGGCGCCGUCCACCUUCACCAGCUGCCCGGCUCCUGAGCCCUUUGGCGAGCUGCCGGCCCCCGCCGCGGUCCUGGCCCCCGCCCCCCUUGUCACCAUGCCCAUCACCAUGCCUGCCACCCGGCCCAAGCCCAAGAAGGCCCGGGCUGCCGAAGAGGCGGCCCCCAAGGGCCCCCGGAGGCCUGGGGAAGAGGCUGAGCUGCUCGUCAAGCUGGACCACGAGGGCGUGACGUCGCCCAAAAGCAAGAAGGCCAAAGAGGCCCUGCUUCUGCGGGAGGACCCGGGGGCUGGGGGCUGGCAGGAGCCCAAGGGCCUCCUGGGCCUGGGCAGCUACCCCCCGGCAGCGGGCGGCGGCGGCGGUGAGCCCAAGGCCGCCCGGCCCAAGGCCGCGGAUGGCGACCUGGCCCAGGAGCCUGGGGGCGGGCUCGAGUUCGAGGACUCGGGCAACCCGAAGAGCCCGGACAAGGGCCAGGCGGAGCAGGACGGGGCCGAGGAGUCGGAGAGCAGUGGCAGCAGCAGUGAGAGCGGUGGCAGCAGCAGCAGCUCCGAGACCGAGGGGGAGGAGGAGGGCCAGGGCGGCGGCCGGAACUGCAGCGCCUCCAGCUCCAGGGCGUCCUCGUCCUCGUCCUCCUCAUCCUCGUCGUCCUCCUCGUCUUCCUCCUCCUCCUCCUCCUCGUCCUCGUCCUCCUCGUCCUCG